AUGAAUUGGUUCAACUCCCUACCCAUAGGGUCGAUUGACACCUUCGCUCGGUUGUCGACCCGGUUCACCAACCAAUUCGCCAUCAACAAACAAUAUGCCAAGACCCCAGCUCAUCUUUUCUCUGUAGUACAGAGAGAUAACGAAACGCUCCGCAACUACAUUAAGCGUUUCGUAGAAGCCGUCCACGAAGUCCCCAGUGUGGGGCAAGACAUGCUCUCCGGGAUUAUGCAGCAGAACUUGAAACCGGAGGAAGCCUCUACCCAUGCUCCUCCUAAAAGGAAAAGGGAAGACGACCGUCAGGACAAUAGGAGACGUGAUGACCGACGUCCACCACUUCCACCUCAAAGCCAACCCUCCUCCUCCUACAAUACGUUCACUCCGUUAAACGCUCGCCUCACUGAAAUCCUUCACGUGAUAGAACAGAGAGGUUUAGCGGAGCCUCCACGUCCUAUGCAGCCGAAUGCAAAGCGAGAAAAGUCGGAUCGUUAUUGUCGAUUCCACAAGGACAAAGGGCAUACUACGGAGGAAUGUGCGCAACUCAAAGCGGCAAUUGAGAGGCUGAUCAAACAGGGCCAUUUAGGCGAAUACAUCGAUAAGCCGCGAAAUAAACGCCGUGAUGACCCUCCACGCCGAGAUAACAAUCGAGAUCAACAACAAAGGCGAGAAGAGGGGAAUCAUCGACGUGACCUAGAUAACAAUGAUAACCAGCCUACCCGGGGACUCAUCUCCUUUAUCUCCGGAGGACAGGCGGGGGCGAUUCACAAAAUGCAAGAUGCACCCUCGCUCGAUCAGCGCGCAUGA